AUGAGACACAAUCUGGUGUGUCAGACACCUCCCUCUGUCACUGUUCACGUAAAAUCAAGUGCAUCCAGAUCACAUCAGCAAAAAAACCUUAUUAGACUAAAGCGUCCUACUUUUAAAGAUUGUCAUGAAAAUUGUGAAAAAAAGGUUCCUAGUCAUAAACAUCCAAAGGGACCAUGUCUAGUUAUUCAGCGUCAGGAAAUGACAGCUUUCUUUAAAUUGUUUGACGAUGAUCUAAUUCAAGACUUUCUGUGGAUGGACUGUUGCUGUAAAAUCGCAGACAAAUAUCUUUUGGCAAUGACUUUCGUUUAUUUCAAGAGGGCUAACUUCACAAUAAAUGAGCAUACCAGAAUCAAUUUCUUUGUUGCUCUGUAUCUGGCAAAUACAGUUGAAGAAGAUGAUGAAGAAUCAAAAUAUGACAUUUUCCCAUGGGCUUUGGGAAAAACAUGGAGAAAACUCUUCCCUGAUUUCUUAAAGUUAAGAGAUCAACUGUGGAGUAGAAUUGACUACAGGGCUAUUGUAAGCAGACGUUGCUGUGAAGAGGUAAUGGCUAUUGCUCCAACACAUUACAUAUGGCAGCGAGAACGUUCUAUGCACCACAGUGGAGCUGUGAGAAACUAUAAUAAAGAUGAAGUACAGCUGCCACGAGGACCUAGUGCCACUCCUGUAGACUGCUUGCUUUGUGGUAAGAAAGGAAGAUUUGUAGGACUGGGAUUAUCAUCAUCUUCCUCUUCAUCUACUGGCACUUUGGAGAUGAUGGAAACACAUCUGUCUCAGGAUUUGAAGGAUACCUUUCCAAUUGAAAAAAUGCUGGUUGACCCUCCUUUUUCUUAUGCGCAAGACUAUCACAGCCUGUCCAACAAAAGGAGACGAGGUAGCACCCUGAACCAAGACAAAUCCAUGGAUUGGUUUACAAGAAAUGAAGAAUGA